AUGAAUAUUCUUCUUGCAGACCAUCAAAGAAGGAGUAUAAGAGUUGUCAAAUUAUCGAAAAGGUCUAGCGAGACAUUGGACAUUGACAUAAAGGGGGAGAUAUGCCGACCAACUACCACUUUGCCGAACAACCACGUAACAAAAAUACUCACGUUCAAGUUCCAGAACAAUUUCCAUUUGGUCAUAUUGAGAAGCAAUGGCUCAAUUCAAUUGUACACCAAAACUGCAAACUCAAAAUACUACACUUUAUUCAAGGAUUGGAAGAAUAAUCUAAUGAACAGCCACACCGACAUGAUUGUUGCUCUUGAUGUGUUGAACAAUCAGUAUCUUUAUAGCUGUUCACGAGAUGGAAAAUUGAUUAUAAGAGAUUUGAUAAAUGACGACGCCGAUAAAAGUUAUGAAGUGUUCAUGCUCAUGGAUGGUAUCGGUAAGAUUGAUUUAAAGUUGGAUAAAUUUACAAACACAAUUUCGGUUGCUACAUGUGGGAAAAAUAGUGACCUUAGAUUGUAUACAAUUGACUUGGAGCUAGACAAUGCAAGUAAGGGAAAUUCAAAAGAUCCUGAUCAAUCGGAUUUGACAUAUGUACAAAGUUUCAGAAAUAGACCACUUAGAAGAUCUUUCACGACUUUGAGUUUGGAGGCUCCCUUUUUGUCAGCCGUCAUACCACCACCGCGGAAUACCGAGAGGCGACAUUCAAAAGUAUUGACGCCGUAUUGGCAGUCGAUUACACCAUUGUAUGAAUAUGUUUACAAUCUGGAUCCCACAGACCAAAUUUCUCAAUGGAUGUCUAGUGUAUGUUUUGUUAAAGGAAAUGACUACAUAAUCUGCGGGAGUCAAAUGGGAGAGCUAAUAAUUUACAAUCCCGUCAAAGAUAUCUCACCAGUGUUCAAGAAACGGAUUUCUCAGUUUUCCAUUCAAAAUAUUGAACAAAUCGACAGUGAUUUGAUAAUUUUUAGCGAUUCCAUGAGUAGAAUCAUUAUUUUUCUGAUAAGCAAACGGAAGAUUGUAUUACAAUUCCUGCAAUUGGAUUUUGGUCCAUUUCUUCAUCUAAAAUACAUCUUGCCACAUGCUUUUAGAAGAAAAACUAAUGAUCAGGUGGUUACUUUUGAUGAUAUCUACGUGUUGAGUACAACUAUAGAUCAGCGGUUAGUUGUUUAUAAAUUGACAGAUAGUGGUUCCAGUGAACUAUUGUUGUCAGCCAAAAUAUUGAAAGGAAUGAUAUUUUCAGCAACGUUAUUGCAGUCGGUGUCUGAGUAUGAUCAAUUCAGGAAUUUGUUUGGCGGUGACGACGAAGGGCCAAGUGCUCCUACAAUUAUUAAAAAGCGAAAGCUUUCAUCAAACUCAUAUGCUUUGAUGACAAACAACAAUGGUCUGGGGCAUAGUCAGAAGAGUAAGAUGUCUUUUAUUGAAACGCAGGAUAAUACGCUAGCGAACACGAGCUCGUCGUCUUCUCAAACUGAAUCGGAGGAUGAUAAUGGUGAGAGUUUUGAGUACACAAAUGUGGAGAAACACAAAGAAGCAACUAAGUGA